AAAAUGCGGUGGCGAGUUAGGGUUUUCGUCUCUCGUUCUCCGUACUUCUCGCCGUCGCCCUCACCCUCGCCUACCGUGCUUCAACCAUGUCCGGAAGAAAGAAGACUAGGGAGCCCAAAGAAGACAAUGUGACGCUUGGGCCAGCCGUACGGGAAGGGGAGCAAGUGUUUGGUGUUGCUCACAUCUUUGCGUCGUUCAAUGAUACUUUCAUUCAUGUUACAGAUUUGUCUGGGAGGGAAACACUCGUUCGUAUUACAGGUGGUAUGAAGGUCAAAGCUGACAGGGAUGAAUCAUCUCCAUAUGCAGCCAUGCUUGCAGCACAAGAUGUUGCACAGAGAUGCAAGGAAUUGGGGAUUACUGCUUUGCACAUUAAGUUGCGGGCUACUGGUGGGAAUAAGACAAAAACGCCUGGUCCUGGUGCUCAGUCUGCUCUCAGGGCACUUGCUCGCUCUGGAAUGAAAAUUGGGCGUAUUGAGGAUGUAACUCCGAUUCCAACAGACAGCACCCGCAGAAAGGGUGGAAGAAGAGGAAGGAGACUGUAGUUCAUCAACUUCAUCUGCAUCAAGUUCAUUCCCAGUGGUUUUGGGACGUAGUUUGGUCGUUAUAAACAGUUAUGUAGCUUUGAAUGGUGAAUUGCUUUAUCUGUCAUUUUGCUGAAAAAUAACUUAUGAAUGUGCUUUGCUACUUUUGAGGUGAACAUUCAGCUUUUAUAUGAUGAAAGCUACAGGAAUUGCUUUGA